CUCGCCUCACGCGGAGGCCGCUUCCGGCUGGAAGGGAGGAGAAGCAACGGCGAACCAGCAACAUGCCCCUGACCAGAGACUUAAUUCACCCAUCCCUAGAGGAGGAAAAGAGAAAACACAAAAAGAAACGUCUGGUCCAGAGUCCAAAUUCCUACUUCAUGGAUGUCAAGUGUCCAGGAUGCUACAAGAUCACCACGGUGUUCAGCCACGCUCAGAUAGUGGUGCCCUGUGUAGGAUGCUCGACUGUCUUGUGCCAACCAACAGGAGGCAAAGCCAGACUCACAGAAGGUUGCUCAUUUAGAAGAAAGCAACACUGAAGAAUUCCUGUGCUGCUGUAAAUGAUACCACUGGAAGCCUUAUGUUUGACAGUGCUGCUUAAUCUAGCAAGUUAAUUAUGUCUAGCCAUGGGGUAGGGUUUUGUGCAGAUUUUGUGUAUAUGUUUAGGGGUAACCAAACUCUAUUUUUAUAGCUUUUAUUAUACAAUGAACCUUGAAUGAAUAAGGCUGUUAAUUGUGUCAUUUGAAUGCAUUUAGUGCAUUUUUCUUCACAGUAACAACCGGCUGAUUACUAUGGUGAAGAAAUUCAAAUGCCAGUCUUUAAAAAAACUUCAUAAGAAGGGAACAGUUUUUAUAUUUUAACCCUGCUGGUUUUGCAGCUAUAGGGCUUAGUCUUCUCGGAACUUCUGAUUUGCAAAUCUCCACUGAAAUGAAUAAAAGCUAUGCAAGAAGAAACAUACCGUAGCUUACUUGGGAAGGACUGUAGCUCCAUGGAUGAACAUCUGCUUCGCAUGCAGAAACCCCCAGGUUCAAUACCCAGCACCCAUAGGUAGGGCCGGGAGAGACUCCUGCUUGAAACCAUGGAGAGCUGCCGCCAGUCAGUAUAGACAAUUUAUGUUAAGAUAGAUAAGUAAUUCUACUUCCAGCUGCGGGUCCUUCGCCUCAAUCCCGAUUCUCCUCAAAUGAUUCGGGAUGUCCCUCCCCGUUUCAUGGCUGCAAAAGAUCAAGAUUAUAUAUUAAACUCCAUUGUUGUGCUCUGGUCUCAGGAAAAACCCACAAGGAUUCCACCUUUCCCCUCCAUUUUCACCUUUCUUCUUAUUUCCUAUAGAAAAAGAGCACCAGUUCAGAAUCAGAUCAAUGCAGGGGAGAUAGGUCUAUGAAUGCUUACACUCUUGCUGUGAAGCCAGCAGAGGUGUCACAAUGUGGCAUGAAGAUUAGGCCAACUAGGCCACAGGAAAAGGAUUAUUACUGAGCCAAGUGGAACAAUACAAGGAACUCAGUACAAGGCAGCUUCCAAGGUUCCUAUUGGUUUAUUGUUUUGGUAGUCUUGCCCAGGAAAAGUUCACAAAAGAAGCUGAUCCUAUUUCCUGGCUGGUCAACUAACUGGACAGCACCUGACAAACGUUUUCAGAACUGCCCUGCGUUGUUGUAUGCCUCCCUGAUGAUACGAUGCAGUGCCCUUUUUAACUUUUCUGAUUUUUUUUUU